AUGACGCCUCCUCUCUCAACCUCCCGCUCCUCGCGACCUAUACCCUCUUCCGCUAACGAUGAUAUCGAUAUCGACAUCGAUAUUGAUAUUGACAGUCCACCAAUAGGGAGAAAUGACAACAAUGGCAUAUCUACAGCGACAGCCAUGGGUGGCACGACUGGGUCAUCAACAACCCCAUCAACCAACCCCCUCCUUCGUGAGAAUCCGCUCCUCUCCCCGCUGGAACAAGAGGUGUUGAAUGAGUAUUCGCGCCUACUAGGGAAUAUGAAUAAGCUUUCUGAUUCCCUGGCUUAUCUCUCCACCCGGCCCGCGGCGGAAACGCUUGAUGCCCUGCGCCUUCUGGAACGAAAGACAGCAACGGUGUGUACACUUCUUAAGGCGAGUGUGUAUAGUAUUGUGCUACAGCAACAGAUUUAUAAUGGGGAGGGCGCUGACCAGGGUGGUGGCGGCGAUGGUGGGGCUGGCGGGAAUGCGGAAUAUGAAGGGAACGAACAUGAACGUGGACAUGGGAAACAGGGUGGUGGGUAUGGAUAUGACGAUGGGAAUUAA